CCUUGCAUCAUGGAGAGGAUCAGAGCUCCAGCUGCAGCCUCCCAGAGGAAGAGGCAGAGAGAAAUGCAGUCCCCAAAUGCUCCCUGCACCUAUGAGAUCAAGUUCAAUAAAUUUGUCAUUUUUAUUAUGCAGAGGAAGAUGGGGAAGACCAGAAGGGCAUUUCUGAUGGAGCUGGCGAGAAGAAAAGGUUUCAGAGUCGAAAGUGAGUUAAGUGACUCUGUCACCCACAUUGUGGCAGAGAACAAUUCCUACCUGGAGGUAUUGGACUGGCUGAGGGGGCAGGCAGUGCGGGACAGCUCCAGGUUUGAGCUCCUGGAUAUUUCCUGGUUCACAGCCUGCAUGGAAGCUGGAAGGCCAAUUGAGUUGGAAAUGAAAUAUCGGCUCAUGGAGCAAGAUGAGUUUCCAGCUGUGAAUACAUGUGAACCAGAAGUGCCAUCAUUUACUGUAAGCAAAGUAUCUCAAUAUUCAUGUCAAAGGAAGACAACUUUAAAUAACUUGAACAAGAAAUUCACGGAUGCCUUUGAAAUAAUGGCUGAAAAUUAUGAGUUCAAAGAAAAUGAAAUAUUCUCCCUGGAAUUUCAGAGAGCAGCUUCUGUGCUGAAAUUUCUUCCAUUUCCAGUGGUCAGAAUGAAAGACAUACAGGGCUUGCCCUGCAUGGGAGAUCAAGUCAGAGACAUCAUCGAGGAGAUUAUUGAAGAAGGAGAGAGUUCUAGAGCUAAAGAUGUGUUAAAUGAUGAACGAUAUAAAUCAUUUAAGCAAUUUACUUCAGUCUUUGGAGUGGGAGUGAAGACAUCUGAGAAGUGGUACAGGAUGGGUUUACGGACUCUGGAAGAAGUAAAAGCUGAGAAGACCCUGAAGCUAUCAAAAAUGCAGAGAGUAGGGCUCCUCUACUAUGAAGACCUGGUUAGCCGUGUAUCUGAGGCAGAAGUAGAGGCAGUAGACUUGAUUGUCAAGAAGGCUGUGCAUAUGUUUCUACCGGAUGCUUUAGUUACCGUAACUGGUGGUUUCAGAAGGGGUAAGAAGAUUGGGCAUGAUAUAGAUUUUUUGAUCACCAAUCCAGGACCAAGAGAUGAUGAUGAUCUUCUGCAUAAAGGCUUACUCCUAUAUUGUGAUAUCAUUGAAUCAACAUUUGUAAAAGAGCAGCGACCAAGCAGACAUAUUGAUGCCAUGGAUAAUUUUCAGAAGUGUUUUGCAAUUUUAAAGUUGUAUCAGCCACGAGCAGACAGCAGGAGUUACAACACAUCAGAGGAAUUUGAUACAGCAGAAGUCAAAGACUGGAAGGCAAUCCGUGUGGAUCUGGUUAUAAGCCCCUUUGAGCAAUACGCAUAUGCUCUGUUAGGCUGGACAGGCUCCAAGCAAUUUGGGCGUGAUUUGCGCAGGUAUGCCAAUCAUGAGAAGAAGAUGAUGCUGGAUAAUCAUGCCUUGUAUGAUAAGAGAAAG